AUGAGCCUGCCGCCGAGUCGUGGUGGCCCACAGGCCGUCGGGACCUCUGCUAUCGAGGCGGAGGUGCAGGAACUGCUUUCGCGAGAGCUGUCCUCGCGCAAUGCGGAUGGUGAUCCGGAUGCCACGGCCCUUCUCGUCGAGCAUAUCCGCCGUGGCAACGGUGGCGCUGUCCUCGAGGGGAUCCGUCAGAACUUCAAGUACAACCCGCCCGCGACGCAGAUCUGCAUGUUGACUGUGAUGGAUCAGUGCCUCAUGCAUAGCGGUCCGCAGUUUGCCGUGAUGCUGUCGUCGGAGAAGUGGACAGAUCGUCUGUUCAAGGUCGCCAAGACGACCACUGCGAAUGAGGUGCGCGAGAAGAUUAUCUACACUGUCAUUAAGUGGUACCAGCGCUACCACACGAGCGGCCACCAACGUCUGAUGCAGCGUUUUCAGCAGAGCCGCGUCCUCGGUGAGCCGUUUCAGCAUAUCUUCAGGAUGGCUAAGGACCAGCAGCAGCCGCGUUCUGUUAAGGAUCAACGCGACUUCACCACCCUCAGCACAGCCAACCGCAACGAAAUCCUCGACACGGAGGAGACGAUUCUGCUGGAGUGUCAAGGCGAUCUGGCCUCUCUCGAGUACGCACUGGAGCAUCCGCACAUUCUCCCGGAUACCGAGAUUGCAAACGAAUGCAAGGAGCACAAGCUGGUGUGCAUGCGCAUGCUCGAGUCCGGACAGCACGAGCGCAUCGCAACUGAACUGAUGAGUCUUAUCGAGCGUUUUUCCGAGGCUCUGAGCCUGUUCGAGGCAAUGACCGGCAUCGACGUCGGCGAGGGCGAUGCCGCCAAGCGGCGCGCCGUGGCCGACAAGGAUUUGGAGGAGACGGAUAGCGAUGACGACGACGAGCAGCGGCGGCUGCGCCAGCGCCGCAGGGGUGGCAAGCGUGCUGAUGCGACCGCGGUGAUGAUGCAGGCACAGCAGGAGACGGAGAAUCUGGUUAACCGCGAGCGCAGCGAGGCGCUGCAGCUGCGAGCGCAGCUGGAGGAGCUGCGCCAGAAGCACGAGGAACUGCAGAACAAGUACAAGGACGCCAAGGCAAAGAACAAGGAGGCCGUGGGCAUGCUGGAGCAGUACGCCCAGCGCGUGGAGAUGCUGGAGACGGGUGCCAACGGAGCUGACUCCCACCUAUCACCUCUACCAGUGCUGGGUGCCACCUCACUUGGCGCGCUGGAUUCUGCUGCCGGUAAAGGCUCCGUGUCACCGGCGCUCACCGCAAACAUGCGCAGCUUCUUGGCAGCUAUUCGCAAGUCCCUGCGCGAAAUCAAGGAGGUGUACUGCACCGACCUCUCCCAGCAAGGCCGCUACUAUUCAGCGCAGAUUUCGAACGCCAUGGCCGCCAUGAUCCAAGCGAGCGACAUGGACCGCGAGGCCGACCGCAAGGCACUGCAGUGGACGCAGGAGCUGUACAAGCGUGAGGUAAAGCUGCGCAAACAGUAUUACAAUACCAUCCAGGAGCUGAAGGGCAACAUCCGCGUGUACUGCCGCGUGCGGCCAAUGCUGUCGAAGGAGAUCAAGGGCGGCUACUCGGACGUCAUGUCGUACCCCACGCAGGACGAGGUGAGGCUCAUCGACGCGAGCGGGCGGCCGAAGCUCUUCGAGUUCGACGAGGUAUACCCGCCGACGGCUCCGCAGGCGCGCGUGUUUGAGGACACAGCCCCCCUUAUCGAUAGUGUCGUCGAUGGUUUCAACGUCUGCAUCUUUGCCUACGGCCAAACGGGCAGCGGCAAGACCUUCACAAUGAACGGCACUGAGGGCGAGAACAAGGGCAUCAACACACGUGCACUCGAAAGGCUCUUCGGGGUCAUCGAGGAGCGCAAGGAGACGGAGGUUUCUACUGUGACGGUGUCGGUGUUGGAGAUUUACUGCGAGCAGAUCCGCGACCUGCUGGCCACGAAGAAGGAAGCGUCCGGGCUGACGUACGAGGUGAAGCAGGGCGGGCCGUACGGCACGUAUGUGACGAACCUCAAGGAGGUGCCGGUGACGUCUGCGGGGGACAUUGACGGCAUCAUGGCGACCGCGCAGACGCACCGCAGUGAGGGCAUGACAAACAUGAACGAACACUCGUCGCGGUCACACAUGCUUCUGUAUAUCAUCGUGCGCACCACGAAUAAGCAGACGAACAUGCAGGGCUACGGCAAGCUGUCGCUGAUCGACUUGGCCGGUAGUGAGCGCGUGGACAAGAGCGGUGCGGAAGGCCAGCGCCUCAAGGAGGCCGUGGCGAUCAACAAGUCGCUGUCGGCACUUGGUGAUGUGAUUGCUGGACUCGCUCAGAACUCCAAGCAUGUGCCCUUCCGCAACUCUGCCCUCACCUUCCUGCUCCAGGACUCCAUGGCCGGGCAGGCAAAGGUGCUCAUGUUUGUCUGCGUGAGCCCGGCUAGCUACAACGUCAGUGAGUCUAGCAGCUCGCUGCUCUUUGCCUCUCGUGCCCGCGGCGUCGCCUUUGGCCAGAUCAAGAAGAACGCCACAACAGAGAAGGCAUCGUAA